GAAUUGUAGAACCAGAGGAAUUAAAUACAUGUCACUCCUAUCACACACAGCAGUGCAUCUAGACCGAUUCUCACAAGUGCAGCUAUGUCUUUAAAAGGACUGCUCAGUCCCCUUCCUAUUGGAUGCUAGCGAUGGAUGCUUUGCACCAACCACAUACAGAUUUGUACAAAGAGAUCUACCCCCUCCCCCUUGCAGCCUCAGCACUGUAAACGUUAAUGGAAAGAGCUGGAGGAAGGUGGGUGAUGCGCUUAAUCCCGGAUCUGAAAAAUAUAUGUUAAUUAUUUAAGCUUUAGACAUGAACAAAAAUGCUUCAUUUAUUUUUAUGGCAAUAACUUAUGCACGUUGGAACUGGAUAUUUACUUCGAUUUUCUCAAUGGGAAAUAACGUUUUCUAACGAAUCGGGGAUGACAAAGAGAAUGGGAGACCGAGACUGGAGAUGGCAGGCUCUAUGGUGGCAUUACUUCUUUCUCUUGUGGAGUACAAUAAACGGACAGACUCGUUACAGCAUGCCGGAGGAACUGAAACAGGGCGCUGUGGUAGGAAAUCUAGCCAAAGAUCUGGGUUUGGGGCUAUCUGAGAUUUUUGACCGUAAGCUGCGUGUCUCCUCUGAGGCUGGUGAGCAGUAUUUCAGUGUGGAUGCGGGGAAGGGCGAGCUGGUGGUGAAUGACAGAAUAGACAGAGAGGCUUUAUGCGGACAAAGCGCCAGCUGUGUGUUGCCUCUGCAGGUUGUUCUAGAAAACCCUUUAAGUUUACAUCGGAUUGAGGUAGAAAUAAAAGAUGUAAAUGAUAACUCGCCUAGUUUCCAUACAAAAGAACUGUCUUUAAAAAUUUCUGAAUCGGCAGCUGUGGGAACUCGUUUCUCAUUGGAGAGUGCAGAAGAUUCUGACGUUGGCAGUAAUUCAGUUAAAUCCUACAUAUUGACUAAAAACGACUGUUUUACAUUAAAAAUGAAGGAAGUUGAGGACGGCAAAACAGUCCCGGAGUUAGUGUUAGAGAAGCCCCUUGAUCGAGAGAAGAAAGCAGUUCAUCAGCUACUACUGACUGCAUUAGACGGGGGAAACCCGGUUAUGUCUGGUACCUCACAGAUAACAAUCACAGUGCUUGACGUAAAUGACAAUUUUCCAGUUUUCGAUAAAAAUGUAUAUAAAGUUUCGUUAGGGGAAAAUACUGCAAAAGAUACUUUUUUUAUCAAAAUUACAGCAACUGAUGCUGAUGAGGGCCCAAACGCAGAAGUUGAAUUCUCGUUUGGCUCGCGGACACCGGAUUUCGUCUUAUCAGUAUUUGAAAUAAAUGCAUUAACAGGGGAAAUACAUUUGAAAGGAGACUUAGAUUAUGAAAGAGUCACGUCUUACAAAAUUGAAAUAACUGCGAAAGACAAGGGGGUUCCUGAAAUGGAGAGUCACUGUCGUCUACAGAUAGAUGUUGUCGAUGUUAAUGAUAACACUCCAGAAAUUGUUCUCACCUCUGAACCGCAGCCCGUGCGCGAAGACGCACCAAGUGGCACAGUGGUGGCUUUGCUUAACGCACGUGACGCUGACUCCGGGAAUAAUAGCAAAGUGACAUUGCGACUAUCCAAAGGUUCUCCUUUCACGUUAAAACCAUCAUAUUCUAAUAAUUAUGCACUGGUUACAAAUGGGGCUUUAGACCGAGAGAGUUUCUCGGACUAUAAUAUUGAGAUAACAGCCACUGAUUCAGGCUCUCCUCCUCUGUCUAGUAAGAAGAUUAUACCUGUCAGCAUCACUGAUGUGAACGACAACCCUCCUAUUUUUACUCAGCCCUCAUAUAAUGUGUAUUUAAAAGAGAAUGGGGUACCAGGCUCUAUACUGUACUCAGUAUCAGCAUCUGACCUGGAUUUUGGUGAAAACGCCAAAAUCUCCUACUCUAUACUAGACUCUAAAGUGCAGGACGUUUCUGUCUCAUCUUAUGUUUACAUUAACUCAGAUAACGGCAGCAUCUACAGCAUGCACUCGUUUGACUAUGAGAAGCUGAAGGUGUUUCAGAUUCAGGUUCAGGCAAAGGAUCAGGGCUCUCCGUCUCUCAGCAGCAACGUCACUGUCCAUGUUUUUAUCCUGGACCAGAACGACAAUGCCCCCGCUGUUAUUUACCCCUCCUCCGCUGCCCUGGGCUCUCUCUCUCAUCAGAGGAUGCCCCGCUCCGCUAAAGCAGGCCACCUGGUUACUAAGGUGACGGCCGUGGACGCUGACUCGGGCCAUAACGCCUGGAUCUCCUACAAACUGGCGGAGGCCACAGACGCCUCUCUGUUCACUGUCAAUCUGUACACAGGGGAGGUGAGGACUAAACGCACUGUGUCCGAGCAGGACGACUCCUCUCAGAGGCUGCUUAUAGAGAUUCAGGACGACGGGGAACCGGUCCAGUCCGCCACCGUCACGGUGUCCAUCCUGCUGGAGGACGGCCUCCAUGAGCCCAUCUUAGACCUCCGACAGAAAGUGGCCGAGCCCAGCAAGAAAACUGGGAGAAUCACCCUUUAUUUGAUUCUCUCUCUGGCCUCGGUGUCCGUGCUGUCUCUGGUGACUUUUCUCAUCUUAGCGGUUAAAUGCAUGAGGAACAGCAGAAGCAGCGGUAGUUGCUGCAUGAGACGGAGCGACUGUGAUGAUUACAAGAACCCCAACAGAAACCUGCAGAUUCAGCUCAACACUGAUGGACCUAUAAAGUACGUGGAGGUCCUGGGAGGAGACAUGUUGUCUCAGAGUCAGUCCUUCAGGUCCUGUAUGUCUCCGAUGUCAGAGUACAGUGAUUUCACUUUGAUUAAGCCCAGCAGCACCAAUGACUUUAAGGAGGUGAUCAGUGUUCUGGAUGCGUCUUUACCCGACAGCACCUGGACCUUUGAGAGCCAGCAGGUGAGCAGAAAACAAUAG